AUGGAGCGCACGGGAAAGAUCUUCUUCUACGAAGACAAGAACUUCCAGGGUCAUUACUAUGAAUGCAGCAGUGACUGCCCCGAGCUCAGCUCCCACCUCAGCCGCUGCAACUCCAUCCGGGUGGAGUGUGGGGCCUGGGUCAUCUACGAGAGACCCCAUUACGUCGGCUACCAGUACGUCCUCAUGAGGGGGGAGUACCCCAACUACCAGAGCUGGAACGGCUUCAACGACACCAUCCGCUCCUGUCGCCUCCUCAGACACCCUUCCAGCAGGUACAGGAUGCGCAUCUACGAGCAUCCUGACUUCAGCGGCCAGAUGAUCGAGUUCAGCGACGACGUGCCCAACCUGCUGGACCGUUGGCGCUACCGGGACGUCCACUCUGCUCAAGUCCAGGAAGGCAUCUGGGUCUUCUACGAGCAUCCGAACUACAGGGGGCGCCAGUACCUGCUGGAGAAGGGCGAAUACAGACGGCACUCGGAGUGGGGGGCCCUUCAUCCGUCUGUAGGUUCCAUCAGACGUGUCUUGGACUUAGACAGGACGUAG